AUGCCUGAAAGUAACAUUUUAGAUGUUGAUUCAAAAUACAUGAAUGAUUCAAAAAUUACUAAAAUUGAAUAUCACUCUUACACUCCUUAUACAUCAUCGUUUGGGAACAACGAUGAAAUUAGAAUAACAGUUCAACAAACAGACGUAUAUCCAUAUCUCCAUGAAAGUUAUCUUUAUCUAGAAGGAAUAAUUAAAGAAGCAGAAAAAAUUAAACUAUGUAAUAAUGGUUUAUCUUUUUUUUUUGAUCAAGCACGAUUAGAAAUCAAUGGCAUCGAAGUAGACAGAACUCGCAAUCUAGGAGUUACUAGUUCACUAAAAGGAUAUGUAUCAAGUACGCCGGAUAAUUAUUACUGUUAUGAAAACGCAGGCUGGACAUUUAAAAAUAAUACAAUAAUAACAGAUAAUGAUGGUUCAAUGACACUUAAUAAAGUUAUUUGGAAAAUUCCGCAUAUUAGUGUAGACGAUGCAGAACGAUUAAAGUUGUUGAAAAUUGUAGAAAAAGAGAAAAGUUUAUUCAUUCCUUUUAGAUCAUAUGAAACUUAUGAAUACCCUGAAUUAGGAACUACAAAAAAUGUGGUUUGGAAUUUGAAAACUGCAUCAAAAUUAGAAAAACCACGAUAUAUUAUAAUAGGUUUACAGAAAAAUCGAAAAGGAGUUAUUGAAAAAGAUUGCAGUCAAUUUGAUCAUUGUAACUUGAAAAACAUUAAAGUAAUUCUAAAUUCAGUUCUAUACCCUUACGAUAAUUUAAACUUAGACUUUGAAAAAAAUAAUUUUACUGUACUAUACAAUAUGUAUACAUCGUUUCAAGAAUCUUAUUAUGAAAAAGGAGAACGAAAUCCAAUAUUAAGUCCUUCAGCAUUUAAAUCAACUGCACCAAUUGUCGUUGUAGACGCAUCAAAGCAAAAUGAUGAAAGUACAGCUUCUACUGUUGAUGUUAGUAUCGAAAUUGAUGCUUCAGAAAACCUUACCGGUGUGACUGCUUAUUGUAUUUUAAUUCAUGAUCGUAUUAUUGAAUAUGUACCAUUAACUAGAGAGAUAAGAAAACUUGUAUAG